CCACACCUACUUUAAUAAUGGAUAAUCAAAUUGAUGAAUUUUGUUUAGUGACAGGAGCAACGAGAGAAAGAGCCCAGUUCUUCCUUCAAGCGUCUAAUGGUAAUCUUCAAGCAGCACUGGACGGGUUUUAUAAUGAAGACUCAGUUCAAGAUGAAGAAUCAGAAACCACACCUUCAAUUUCUCCUCCUCCUCCUGCUGCUAAGCCAGGACCAGACAAACAUAAAGUGGCCAGUUUGUCAGAUUACACUUCAAGUGAAGGUACCAAAGAUGAUGAAGGACAGUCUUUUUUUGCUGGAGGAUCAGAACACAGUGGUCAAUUGAUAUCUGGUCUUCCGCCUCAAAGCAGUCCUGUGCGUCACUUUGGUGGUGUUUUACACACAAAUAAAGCAAAAUUGCUGUGUUUUGCUUCUAAACACCUACCUAUCUCAAGAACUGGACGUUCUAGUGCCUAA